UAACCUAGCAGAGUUGAAGACUGAAAGAGAGAAAAAUGGAAGAGCUGAAAUCAGCAUUGGAAGCUCACAUGGACCAGAUGGCGGAUCUGGUCCAGAAACUCUCAUCGGAGCUCCGAUCCGGAUUCCGACCCGCCAUUGAUAAUUUCAUCGGUUUUUUCCACGCCGUUGACUGGACGGAACCUUGGUUAAUGGGUUUGAUUGGAUUCCAUUUGGCUUUGCUGAUACUAACAGUCGUUUCAAGGAAACAUAUUAACUUCCAGAUGUCUUUUUUCCUUGUAGCUUUGGCUGGUGUAUACUUAUCAGAGAGGCUUAACAGAGUCUUGGGUGACAACUGGAGGAGCUUUGCAAGCCAGAAUUACUUUGAUCCACAUGGACUUUUUCUUUCGGUACUCUGGUCUGGGCCUCUUCUUAUCAUUGCAACCAUUAUUCUGAUAAACACUCUCUUUUCCUUGUGUUACAUGAUCGUUCGUUGGAAAAGGGCUGAGCUAAGACAUCGUGCUAGACUGGCUCGUGAAAGUAACAAGCAGGAUUGAUCUUCACCUGCCUGGUGCUCUGUGAGAGACAUUGAAGAGCCACUCCUUCCCUUGAGGCAGUUUUGGGGUUAAAGUUAGAUUGGGGAUAUGUUUUUUUAACUCUAUCUCACAAAAUCUUUUGUUUUUAUUUUUUUUGUUCUUUUCAGUUUUUAAUGGUAUAAAAUAUAACUUGGGAUGUGCAAUCCUGCAUUAUACACUAGUUCAUUUUACGUCCAGUGGAUCAAUUAGUUAAAAAUAAUCCAAUUACUCCUCUUGUGAUA